AUGAAUCAAUUAUCUGCUGAACAAGGUGAUUUCUUAGCUGAAGCUCAAUUAGCAUUAGAUGAUUUAGGUGAUGGUAUUGUUGCUGAAAAACAAUUAUCAAAACGUCUUAAUAAUCCAAAUAAUGUUUCAAAAGCAUAUUUAAAUAUAAAAUCUAAUGCUAAUGUAGAAUUUUGUAUUGAACUAACACAAGCAGGUUAUCGAGUUGUAGGUUAUCAUUUUGAUGAUAACAGUCAAUCAUCAACAACUUAUUAUGAAUCAUUACAAGCUCUUUUAACACAUGAAUCAAAAUCAUAUGUGGAUAGUUUUGCUAAAAGUUUACAACAAAAACUUGUUGCUGCCCAAAAUAAAUUACAACAAGAACAAGAUGAUGAUGAAGAUCUUUGA